AUGGACAAGGCUGUACAUGAUCUAUAUAAAGAAACAAACGAUGAUCAACAAAAAGUCAUAGCACCAAAUGAUGGUAGUUCUACAUCAGUACCAUCAGCAACAGAAACAACUGGUCAAACUCUUGUUGAAAAUGAAAGACGUCAAACAGAUAUUAAAACUGUACCCGACGAUGCUAAAACAGGUGCUACAUCAGCAAAUACUCAACUACCUGAUACAACAACAUUAGAAGGAGCAAUAGCUAUGGAAGCUAAUCCAAACACAAAUCCACGUUAA